UACCAGCGCUGCUGACGUUUUUUUCUGUGGCGGCAACGUGCUCUCGGAUUGCAUUUCUUCAGGGGUUCGCGGAUGCGUUGGCAUCUUGCGUGCGGAUUUCGGGUUCCUCAUUCAGUGCGGAUCGUUGGCGGCAAUUGCCACCGCGGAAAUCGACAAGGUGGACGCGGCAAUCCAAAGGACUCGAGCCAGGCGAAAAUCAAUCAGCAACUCACGCGGAAGACUCCGGCACGGCUGGUCGGAGCAGUGACUCAUCGCGGACAGUGUUAUCAUCGCCAUUCGGUGUGGUUGCGUCGUUGCGGUCGCGUGUGUUCCAGCGCUCCCCGGGGAGCCAGUGGCCCAAAUAAGUGCGUCCCUUAUCAGUGUCUUAUCUAGUUCCCCCUUAUCAGUGUUGUGGUUCUGAAAUUAGCAUAAACACCAGGCGCCAUGGACGCGGAGCGAAUCUAAAAGCGCGCCCCAGCCUCCCCUACGCAGCCACCGUCGAGCUCCUGCAUCUCGUCCAGUUCGGAAGGAAACUCCGAAGAUUCCAAGAUGACGUCACAGUACGUCUUGCUGAAGACGAACUCUUAUAUAAUAAGAAUGAGUCGUGAGGACAACAUAUGUUGGUUCCAUGGUAAAGUUUCUCGUGAACGUGCAGAUGAAAUUCUUCUUGAAGAAGGGCGAGCAGGGAAAGGUGAUGGUGUCUUUCUAGUAAGAGAGAGUAAUAGUUCCACUGGUGACUUUGUUUUGUCAGUGCUCCAUCAGGGGAAGGUGCACCAUUAUCAAAUCCGCCGUCAUGGAGAAGAUGCUUUCUUCUCCAUAGAGGAUCAGAGAACAAUUCAUGGCCUCGAUUCGUUGAUUCAACACUAUCAGGAGUCGUCACAGGGAGUGGUUCCUCAACUAUCAGCGAUAGUUAAGCGCGAUCCUCCUCCAAACGACUCACGGAGUCAUGGAACAACAAAUCUCCUGCAUCGUUCAACAGAAAACAGUAGUCAUACAGUUGUUGCGGAAUUACUCAAAUGUGGUUACAGAAAUUUCGAUGCGAAAAACCAAGAUGGACAGACAGCAAUACAUUUGGCUUGCUUACACAGCGAUGAAAAAAUGUUAAAAUUACUUUUAACUGUGAACGUAAAUGUGAAUUCUUGCGAUACUGCAGGGAAUGCACCAUUGCAUUACGCUUGUCGAAAGCAGUCAGGCAGCUUUAUUCAAACAUUAAUCGACGCAAAAGCAAACAUACAAUUACGAAAUUUACAAACAGGACGCGUGCCAUUACACGAAGCAGCAGAGCAUGGAAAUCUAGAGGCUGUUAUGGUGCUUCUAGAGCACAAUGCUCCACAUAUGCCGCGAACGAAAUCGGAGGAAAUUCCAAUUGAUUUAGCCGGCAAACAUUCAAAAGUCAAAGAAUAUUUAUCAAAUUUCGUCCCGAAAUCGCCAAAAACAACAAAACAGCUUUGGUAUCAUGGAACUCUUAGUAGAGAGGAAGCGCAGGCAGCUCUAAAACGUUUUGCAGAAACAUUCAUUCCGCCACCAAAUGAAACUGACAGUAAUAAUGGGAAUCAACAGCCAGAUGAAAAUCAAAACGUAGGAACAGAUGUAUCUGGUGCAUUUCUUGUACGGUUUUCAGAUCGAAGUGGAUAUGUGCUUACUCUGUUGCAUGAUGAUGUGGCGAGAAAUUUUAUUAUUCGUAAAGAUGCAAAAACUGGAUAUCUCUGCAUAGACGAGGGUCCCUAUCAUCCAUCAUUAGAGCAUCUAGUUCAGCACUACAUGCUUUUCCAAGACGGUCUUCCAGUCAAUCUUCGAUAUCCUGUACCGCCCAAACCCAAACCGAAACCACCUACCCUUUCUACAUUGCCAAAAUCUGCAUCGAAAAAUCGCAGUCAAAAUGGUUCCGUGCUACGAUCAAUAAACCCUAAUGAAACCACACCGCCAACUUCGCAUAUACCUCAACGAAAUCUUUCACUUCCCGGCGACGAUGCAAUGAAUCGUGUUGGACUUUUUGAAAAUAACGAAGAUGAGGACAAGAAGAAAAUUUUCCGAAGUUUAAAACUACCAUCGCCAAAGAAGAAAAACAUCAUCAUUGACGGCAUGCGAAGCCUGCGAAAAUCAAAAAACAAAAGUCCAUUGAAAUCUCAUCGGAAAGAUAAAACGGGAAAUAGUGCAAGUGCUACAACUUCACCAGAAAGCGUUAGACCAGAAUGUGAUAAUACAAUUGCCGAAUCGCUGAUAAAGAGUCUUUCGUUUUCGACAGAUUUCGCGAAUCUUUCAAUGGACGGCAUGUAUAAUACACCAACGAAUAACUGUUCUGUGGUGGACAUUGAUAUUGGGGAAGGCGCCCCUCUGAACUCACAAAUGGCAAAUAAUAAAGAGGCCAACCAUCAAAAGUCUGAUAAUUCAGUAGUUAAUAGCGGUAAUUUAGGUAUUGAAGUAAUCGGGGAUGAAAAGGAGAGUGAAUACUAUGUGAAAAGUGAUAAAGAUAUUGCAACCGAAAGAGAGGCUAAAGAAAAGUCGGUUUUCUUGGAUCCACCGGUGACAACAAAGCCAUCAGCGGAAUCAUCAUCCAUCGACCGCUUAACACCUCCGAAUUUCACCUACAUUCCGUGCCUCGAUGUUCGAGAAUUUAUCGAUCAAAACCCGUCCAAAGAUUCAGAAUUAGAAGAAUCGUCAGCCAUGUUGCGGCAACUGUCGCAGCAACCAGAACGUCUCGAAUCAAUGAUCUCACGAAUGAGCAUGUCCUCGGAAAUAAGAGAUAUAUUUGGUAGACAAAUGAGCACAUCAUCAUCAUCUGAGGACAGUCCAACAAAAAUGAAACUGAAUUAUUUUAUACCAUAUGAUUGUUUGAUACGAGGAGAUCUUAUUGGCAGCGGGGAAUUCGCGUCGGUGUACAAAGGCACUCUCAUUCAACCAUCAACGGAUACUAAUAGUGAAGUGAGAUAUGCUGUUGCCAUAAAGAUGCUUAAAGAUGAACAUUGCCGGAGCAAUAAACAAGAGUUUCUACGAGAAGCGAGUGUCAUAAUACGAUUGCAACAUCAUUGCAUUGUAAAGCUAAUUGGAAUUUCGAAUGGUCCCUCGCUUAUGAUGGUGCAAGAGCUGGUUUCGUUGGGCUCCAUGUUGGAUUAUAUCCACAAGAAUCCGGAUAAAGUUAAUCCAAAUUGUGAGCUGAAAAUUUGGGCGUCUCAGAUAGCUUGCGGUAUGAACUAUCUUGAAUCACAGCACUUUGUUCAUCGUGACCUAGCGGCUAGAAACAUCCUCCUCUCAUCCCGCAACCAAGCUAAAAUCAGCGACUUUGGACUGUCACGGGCCUUGGGCAAUGAUAAUUGUUAUGAAGCGAAGGAAGGUGGUCGAUGGCCAAUCAAAUGGUACGCCCCGGAAAGUUUCAAUCACGGUCUCUUCUCGCAUGCCAGCGACGUGUGGUCAUUCGGAGUGACACUCUGGGAAAUGUACACAUACGGUCUGGCACCGUAUGGUGAGUACAAUGGAACGCAAACCAUCAAAUAUAUCGAGGAUGGACGCCGCUUGCCCAAGCCCGCAGAUUGCCCAAGUGAUAUUUACAAAGUAAUGGAGAAUUGUUGGAAUUAUAACCCGCGUGAUCGGCCAACUUUCCGCUAUCUAACAGAAUACUUCCUGAAGGAUCCAAAUUAUCAGAACUUGAGCGAAUUGAUUCAAAGUGAACAUAUAAGUUAAGCGAGAAAAGUAUUAUCAUUGUUAGUCACUAUGUGUCAUUGAUAGUUUAGUUCAAAUGUGAUGGCCGAUGUUGCUUGCUUGCUUCUUGCGGUUGCUUGCAUCUCCUGGGAGCGCGUAUUUAGCAAUCAUUUUAUAACGAGCUUAUGAUGAACAGUUUUGAGCCGUGUUCAAUACAAUUCCAAACUUUCCUUGAAAAUAUACUCCUCACGUUAGCUGCAAUUUUAAUCGGCCAUCAAUACGUAACGCACUACGUUGGGUCAACCGCAAGCUUUGUGUUAAGAUAUGACUAAGCAUUAUUAAUACUUUAUUAUUACAAAUUAACAAACUUCAAUGGUUGGUGUUAUGUGCGAAUUGGGGUUCAAUAACUAAUGAAUUUUAUUAUAAACUCUCGAAUAUAUCAUAAAUGGCUAUAAAUGGUUAGUGCUAGUAAUCCCUGCUAUGAAAUAUUUAUUGCCCGUUGCAAUUAUAAGUUUAAUUUAAUGAUUCCAAUUUAUAUUUUUGCAAUAAUUCCUUAGGAUGCCAUUUAAAUUUAUGAAGCUUUUUGGUUGCAUUUAUUUUCUCUGCAAGGCAAAUUUUUAUUUUCACAGAAUAAAACAGUUUUUGUUAAGUUUGUGUCCUUUAGAAUUUUAAGUUAUAUAUUGUUCAAAUAUAUAUAGUAUAUUGGCGGUAAAUAUACAUAUAUAUAUAUCAUUAAUUUGUUAUACAUAUUGUGUAUUUACAAUUGUAAAUAACAAAGUAAAAUAUUCUAAUGUUGUACUAUUUAGAUAAAAAUAUAGUUAUGUGUUUUUAC